GAAUAUUUAUAUAUCAAGUUUUUAGACAUUUUAUCCUUUUUCUUGAUUUUUGCAAUUGUUAAUUUUCCUCCGCUUGAAAAAUACAUGUACUUGAUUAGGGUCUUUGAUCUUGUAUCUUAACAAAUCGUAUAUCAAGAAUUAGCUGAAAGUUGAAAAUUUCGCUUAUAAUUGAAAAAAGUUUCCAUUGAAAUUUGCAUUAUUUUUUUUCGGGGCAAGUUUGACGUAAUCGUGAACUCCGUAAUUGAAUAAACCUUGUUUUCUUAUUAUCUGAACAUCAACGAUGGCAUGCAAGUCUAUAUGAAUGUCGCCUGCACGAAAAUAACUUGGUAAACGAAACUGUAUGUCAGAAGUUAUAUCCAAAACUUGAUUGCGAAUAUUUUCAUGUCCAGACCCAUUUUACGCUCUAUCUGAUUCUUACUAGUGAGUACCAAAGUUGAUCAGAAUAACAGAACAUGCAGGCGACGACGGUCAGUAUUGAACGACUCAUGAAAUCAAAAAAAAAAAAUCCCACGAAAGCCUGGGAUGACAAAGAAGUUUGAUUCAUCGAUGGUAAAUUUUAAGUCUAUUUAGUCAUGUCACCUUGUCCGGUUAAUCUUGCUGCUAUUAUUAUACGCUUGCGCGUAUUUUGAUCUUUUUUCAUUUGAAAAAGACAUUUACUGACGAUUAAGAUUCGUGGAUAGAAAAAAAUAAACACUAAGGCAGUUAGUCAGUUAAUGCUAACGGCUCUUUCCUACUCGACUACUCAUGCGGAUAUGGAGCAGUUUGAAAAGCGAGAAUGGGAGAUCGAAUUUUUCAUUUAUAAUCGUGACAGCGAACAUGUAACUUUGAGUUUUCAAGACGCAAGUGGAAAUAGAAAUGAGCUUAAGACCACAUAUAAAUAAUCAAAAAUAAUGGUUAGAUACCAUAAUUAAAAAGUAUUUUCCUUUCGAACAUUCCAAAUUAAACGUUGUCCGAUGAUGUGUAAAAUAUUUUUUCAUUUCGCUCGGAUAACACAUUGAGGGGUAAAUUAAUAGAAUUGUAUGUGGACUUAUAUCUCUAGAGUUUUUCUAUUUUUAUACCCUAUACCACUUGUGGUGCAAACGUAAGUUUGUGCGAAUGUAUACAACACCUAGGAGGACUUCAGAUAGAUGCGCCUCUUAUAUCGAUCGAUUCGGAGCGGGCGUUUUUGUCCUUAUGAAGACAUUUUGGGUAUUGCGACAGCCAAUGGUUUUCGGUCGCUAUUAGUACCAGGUUCAGGUGAAUCCAACUGUGACGCGUUAGAAGAUAAUUCUUAUGAAACAAAGAAGCAAAGACGUGAACGUGAAGUACAUGCCCUACUCGAAAAAAUACCAGCAGAGCUGAUCACUUUGGAUCCUAAUGAUAUUACCACUGUUGACGUACCCUCACUUCAAGAGAAAGUGGACGCGAAAAAAGCUCUAUUCUUUCUUAAACCACCCCAGGUGACAAUAAACCCACGGCGUAAAAUGAGGGGUCGUGGCGGAAGUGUUAAAGCGGCCCGUAAUAAACAAAUUGUUAAGGACAUAAAGAGAAAGGAAUUCAUUGCAAACAUCCGGCAAACCAAAAAAUCCAUAAUUGCAACGCAUAAGCAAGAGGAGGUCGGUGAAGACUUUUUACCUUUGGAAACACCUACUAGUGUUCUGGAUCGUUUCAAGCCGAAGAAAAUGAAAAAAUAAAAAAAAACUAUUUUACUUUUGUUUAUAUACUUCUAUUAAAGUUCAAUGUCAGUACAUAGUGGCAAUAAUC